CCUCUCUCAUUCCAAUAAUAUUUUAACAUAUUCCCCCGCCCCUCUUUCUCUCUCCUCUUAACCACCGGAGCAAAUCAAAUUAUCAAGCAUACUCCGGCGAUCUCGUCGAGAAACUCACCGGGAAACUUCCUAAUCAUGGCGACCACCGACAAAUACAACCUCAAGAACCCGGCUGUCAAGCGGAUCCUCAUGGAAGUUAAGGAGAUGCAAUCCAAUCCUUCUGACGAUUUCAUGAGUCUUCCUCUUGAGGAGAACAUAUUUGAAUGGCAAUUUGCGAUUAGAGGACCCCAAGAUACUGAGUUUGAGGGUGGAAUCUAUCAUGGAAGGAUUCAGCUACCAUCAGAGUAUCCAUUCAAGCCUCCUUCUUUCAUGCUGUUGACGCCCAAUGGUCGUUUUGAGACCCAGACAAAAAUAUGUUUGAGCAUAUCAAACCAUCAUCCAGAGCAUUGGCAACCAUCUUGGAGUGUUCGUACAGCGUUGGUGGCACUCAUAGCUUUCAUGCCAACAGCUCCUAAUGGUGCUUUAGGAUCUUUAGACUACAAGAAGGAAGAGCGACGUGAACUAGCUAUUAAAUCUCGUGAAGCAUCACCAAAGUUUGGAACUCCUGACCGGCAAAAGGUGAUUGAUGAGAUACAUGAAUACAUGCUUAGUAAGGCUCCACCAGUUCCUGAAAACCUGAAGCAGGCUUCUGAAGAGAACCCAGGUGAAAAGGAGGCUGAAGCAGAGGGAAGUGAGAAUGCUGGAAGAUCAGCUAAUUCUGUAGACCCUGCAAAUGCAGGAGGUGAGAGAGCUGUCGAGGAACCUCAAGCAGCUGUUGACAAUGCUAAUGCUGUGGAUCAAAGGGAAGCAGUUCCUAGACAAGUUAGAGCUGGAAUUCCAAACCAACAGCUUCAACACAGGCCUGCACCAAGGAAUCAAAGGCCCAGUGAUGAUCGUUUUCUCACAUGGGCAGCCGUGGGGUUGGCUGUUGCCAUUGUUUUUCUUGUACUGAAGAAGCUUGUGAAAUCCAGUGGUUAUGACGCUAUUUUUUUGAGCGAAUCGUAGAUACUAGAUAUGAUCGAUUUUGUGUGCAAAGAUGGCAGGCAGAUCAACAAGUCUUGCAUUUGUAAGAAUAUAUUGAAAGUAUAUGGUGUAGUGUAUAUUGUGUAGGCCUUAAUCAAGCUAUUUGAUUAUAGCAUUAUCAUGUUAACAUUUAUAUUGUGGUGAGGUUAUACCUUCUCUGGAAUAGUACGAAUAGUAUCCAACAUUCUAAAGAUGCUUAGUAAACUUGGUUUUUGACCUCACUGAUAAAGUUUGGUCUACUGAUGGUGGACUUUAGUUAAACUAUAUAUGUAACUUAUGUAAGCAACAUUCGCAGAUGAAUAUUGGUGUGAUCAAGCUUCUGUCUA